CGUCACAGCGUGCGCCGCGUGAGUGGGAGCGGGGACCUGUGGGGCCUGGGUACCGGGAAGUCCGGAGGUAGAGGGCUGCCUGCUACCAUGUUCGGCUCCAGCCGGGGCGGCGUGCGCGGCGGGCAGGACCAGUUCAGCUGGGAGGAUGUGAAGACUGAUAAGCAGAGGGAGAACUACCUGGGCAACUCGCUGAUGGCCCCGGUGGGCCGCUGGCAGAAGGGCCGUGACCUCACCUGGUACGCCAAGGGCCGGGCGCACAGCGCGGGUCUGAGCCGGGAGCAGGAGCUGGCGGCUGUGAGGCAGGCGGAGCAGGAGGCGCUCAUGGCAGCGCUAGGCUACAAGAACGUAAGGAAGCAGCCCACCGGCCUGAGCAAGGAGGACUUUGUCGAAGUCUGUAAGCGGGAAGGAGGUGACCCCGAGAAGGGAGUGGACCGGCUCCUGGGCCUGGGGAGCUCCAGUGGCUCUGCAGGGCGAGUGGCGCUGUCCCGGGAAGACAAAGAGGCUGCUAAGCUGGGACUUUCAGUGUUCACGCACCACCGCGUGGAGAGCAGUCGGACAGGGACCUCCCCGGCCUCGGCCAAAAAGAAGCCUCGGUCAGAGGAGAAGGUGGAGCCGGGCCCUGAAAGCCACAAGAAGAGCAGGAAAGAGAAGAAAAAGAAGAAGAGGCACAAGAAAGAGAAGAGGAAAGAAAAGGAGCACGGGAGGGGACCGGAUUCCUCACAGCCCCCUGCUCCCAUCCAGCAUGACUCAGACUCCUCGACUUGCUGCAAGAGGAAGCACAGGCAUGACAGCGACUGAGGCCCAGGGAUCUGGAGGGCUGGCCUGUGGGGGUCACCCCAGGUCCCCAAAGAGGCUUAGUUGUGGCCAAGUAUGGCUACUUCUAUUCUUCUUUGUGUUGACUCAUUCUUUGUACUUAAAUAAACUUAUUUUACGUGGAAA